UUAAUAAAAGUGUUCAAGCCCAAACCACGGCUAUCACUCAAUUACUUGGGAGAAUGGAGCUACUAGCUGACAAGCACACUUUUUCUACGAUUGUUGUGCCUCAGCUCGAUAUUAUUGAAGAUAGCCAGUAAGCGUAGUUAGUCCUUUCAUCAGCCAGUCACUCUUCAAGAGCUUGAUACCAGAAAACACACAAAUUUCAACGAUAUAUCUAUUGGGACAUUCUAUUUUUGUGGAAUAUUGAAAGUAUUCUGAAUGCCAGGUCUUCUUAGACUACGUCUUUCGAAGCUUCUGAGCGCUCAUACCUAGUCCAACAGUUUGGACUAAUGGAAAUUUUUUGUGAAGCUACAGAUCGAUCCUCCAUCUCCUGCAUUUUCAUUCACUCUUUCAACAGUGCCUCCGAGCCUCUUCUUUUUUAACCUGAAGCGUUUGUUAGUCAUUUAAUUACUCACAAACGUCAUAGAAACCAAGGCUUGAUGACCACAGGAAAACACAUAUCUCAAGAGCAGAUGCUACACAACUUUAGAUGGCAAGAAAAGACAAUCCGCUUACAAUUUGCUCAAUGUUUGAUUCAAAGCCUGAAGUUUCCAACAUUGAAAGAACGAGAAGAAACUAUAUCAGAUGUGUAUCGAGGGACCUUCCGGUGGCUAUUUGAUGAAACAAAUGGCUCUAGGCCAUGGACUAGUUUUGUGCAAUGGCUGCAACAUUCAUCCGGUAUAUACUGGAUCAAUGGGAAAGCAGCUUCGGGUAAAUCAACAUUGAUGAGGUUUAUAUGUAGUCACAAUACAACAAAGGAGCUUCUGCAACAAUGGUCCGCUCCGCUGCCUCUAGUCAUGGCAAAGUUUUACUUCUGGAACAGUGGUACUAUUGAGCAAAGGUCGCAGCAUGGUCUACUUCGAGCACUUCUUGCAGAGAUUCUUGGACAUUUACCUGAUCUUCUUCCUGUCUGUUUCCCUACAAGGUGGGCUAGGAUCUACAAUGACUUAGUAAAGCCUUUUGCUGAAGCAAGUUACAAUAAUCAACCAACGGAGAUGGAUCAUUGGGGCAUAAACGAAUUAGAGGCUGCAAUGCGCAUCCUCAUUAGCCAAGACAUGCAGAGCUUCAAACUUUGUCUGUUUGUUGAUGGUCUUGACGAAUACGAGGGACAACCUUCAACUAUUGCCAAAUAUUUCAUUAUGCUCGCCCAAGUACCAUGGUUGAAGAUAUGUCUUUCUAGUCGUCCGCUACUUGAGUUUGAUGAUUCUUUCGGAUCUAGACCGUCAUUGAGACUGCAGGACUUGACGCGAACCGAUAUUGAUCAUUUUGUCAAGUCAACUCUCCAAAAUAAUGUCAACUACCAACAUUUAUGCGUGAAGCAGCCAGUCCAAGCGUCAAGUCUCAUUGGAAAGAUCAUAUCGCGAGCAGGCGGAGUUUUCUUGUGGGUUAAGCUUGUCUUACAAGAGAUCGAAAGAGGCCUCGCCAAUAGAGAUACUCUGCAAGAUCUACAGGAACGUAUCGAAAUAAUUCCACUGGACCUUGAAGAAUUGUUUUCCUCAAUGCUUGACAACAUUGAUCCGUUCUAUAUUAAGAAGUCUGCAUUGAUAUUUCUCAUUGUACGAGCCGCACAUAUACGUGUGAGAAGCGUCAGGACAUUGGAUACCUUUACUCUUUCCUUUGCUCUCGAUUAUUGGACUUCUCGAGCCGAGGAUACCACAUUCAACUUGCAGGAGCUGCAAAUGAGAAACAUCAAAAUUCGAGACCACUUAAAAGUAAGGUGUGCAGGCUUGCUCGAGAUUGGGCCGGGGUACUCACCUGGUUUUGAAUAUCUUGGCUAUCGGGUCGUGUACUUGCAUCGUAGCGUCCGAGAAUAUCUUGAACGCCCAGAAAUAUGCUCAAAGCUCUUCAAACAUGUUUCAGAAAUGGACUUUGAGCCAUACACUCCGCUUAUGUGCUCAUAUGUAAGAGAGCUUGAAUUUUCCGAAGCUCGGAAAAAGAUAUUAAAUGGCCGUUCCACGCUUUCACUCUUUAUGGCGACAGUCCUUCAUUACGCUCAUGAGGCUGACACUGCAGGUUCGGACACUUAUAUCGAGCCUUUGGAAACAUUUGCAACAUUAACACACACUUCAAGGCUCGAAAGCACAACCUGGACACCGAAGAAGUUCUCUUCUUUCCUGCACAUUGCGGUAAACUGGGACCUUUGUGCAUACAUCAAGCUGAGUUUGAAUCGUCUCGCUCCAAAAAUAAGAGCCUCCAUCGUCUACAUUCUCUUGCCGUAUGCCCUUGCAGCAACAGACGAGUAUUAUAUUCAAGGCAUGGAACAAAGGGAGAAUUCAGAAUAUCUUCGAGAUCGCAUUCCUCCAAGCCCUCGCAUAGUACAACUGCUCUUGGUAUAUAGAGCUCAACCUAACAGAAAAAUGAAAGACUUCUCAGCAAUCUGCGAAUGGACAGCAUUUGAAAUAGCCAUUCGCAACGUUUGUGCAAUUCUUCCACGGCUGGAUGAUAGAAAUGAUUUCUCGCAACAAUAUUCAAAUGAGGAGAAAUCUUCUGUGGGCAAUCAUUUGGAAAUCGUCAAAGUUAUGCUGGAUUAUGGAGCAGAUCCGAAUACAUAUCUGAAUUACGGAGGAAGAGCGAUUAUGCCCAGAAAAUUGUUAACCGAGACUAUGAGAAAACACUGGAGAAGCAAAGAGUCGGAUGUGGAUCAAAUGUUUGAAAAGAAGGGUGGUAAAUUGGAAUUAUCGAUGAUUAGGAAAUUGAUGAUUACUGGUUGAAAUUUUUGAAAUGGCACAAAUUAUCUAAGAAUACAGUAAUGUCAGCAUUUGUUCAUGAUCAAGGCAGGACACGAUAAAGAUAAUGGCUUGCUACUGAGAGAUUGCCAGCCACUAUAUACUUGAGCUAAGGACAAAUAAAAUUGGUAACAUACUAUCACCAUAGUACAUACUUGAAUGCGUACUUCGAGGUGGGUUGAGCAUAGUCUAUGGCACGAUUUUGUGUUCUGGGAUGGAUUUGUCGACAUUUAUUUGUAUUUGAACUUUUUGGAAUGCUUCAGCUGUAUGAAUCUAAUUUGUCCAUUUGAAGUCAUCUCGUCUUGUUCAUAUAGUUUCGUGUCUUCCUUCGUUUCAAGUCAGCCAUAAUUUAUAAGUUUAACCUCAAAUU